ACUCAUCUUUAUUAAAUUAAGUCCUGAACUAAGUUUCUAUUAAAAAGUAAGAUCUACUGGAAAUUAGCUAAAGAAUAAUAUUUUAUUAUCCAUCACUAAAGUAAAACAAUUCUAAAUCUAAAAUAUUCUGAAAGUGUAUCAUUAUAACAUCAAAGCCCACAAUUAUGAUAUGCAACUUUGUAGCCAUUAGGAUGGUGUACCACAAUAAACGUUAUCAGAGCAGUUAAUAUCGCAACUUAUCGUGAUAGUUCUUAGAUAUUGCCGCACUGACCGCGUUUAUCCGGUGCAUUCUCUCACCGUGCAGCACAAACGCUCUAGUAUUGUCAGGCUGCCGAUUAUAUUGUAAUAUCAGCGAGCGUGCCAAACCCUGGACUCCAUGGCUACCGGAAUAUAUUUACUAAAUAGCACGUUACGUUACACGUGUGUCAAUCACCAUAAAAAAGCGGCGCGAAAGAACUGUCUAUCUUAAUUGCGCACUCGACUGUGGAUUCAUCCGACGCGACGGCUGAAUGCGAUACCCGAAACUAGUCAUUGCCCGCUAUCGUUACGAUACGUUCAACAUCGAGGAAGUGCUUGCUGUUCCGGUGAUUUCUUCUUGAAACGACAAAGGAUCCACCGACAGGAAACGUCGCCGAAACAUCAACAUCAGGAAACUUGAAAUCUGACUAGUACCAAGUGCCAAGAGAUAAGAACUCGUAGAAAGCGCGAAUGGGGAAAUUUUUAAAGGAAAAGGCGAGAAAAAAAAUCUAAGAAGUUUUACCGUGCGGAAAACCACCAAGUUCGAAAAUAUGAGAGCGUUUCUUUCUUAUUUUUUGGUUUCAAAGUCGGAUUUAUUGAGACUGUGCAAACACAAUAGACGGUGAGAUUUUAUACACAGAUAUAGCGUGUAUGUGCUGAAUAUGGGAGCGACCCUACUCGUUGUAAUACUCACUGCGGCAUUGUUCGCGACUGCGGAUGAUAUCAACGAACAAUGUCAAGUUCACAAUGAAACAAGGAUUACGUGUAGUUGCAUCGGAAACGAGGAAUUUCUUCUACCAGAGGAAUACAAUUACAAGAACAUUACCAGCGUGUCUGUCACAGGAUGCGUUUCAGCGAACCUCCAUUACGCCAGUUUUCCGGAGGCGAGCAAUCUCGAGGAGAUGAUAGUUCAGAAUAUCAGCGGCAGCCUGAACUUCGAGGUCUUCUUUACGUCGAACCGCGUGAAACUGCUGAAGCUUUCGAACAUCGGCCGGAUACCAAAGAUUACGGGCCAUACGUUCACGAAUCUGAGAGCUAUCGACACACUCGCGAUCGAAGGCGCGCUCAUCGAGAACCUCGAAGAAGAGUUCUUUCACAUCAAUGUGUUGCACUUUAUCAUGAUGAACGUUACGAUCGAGCGAGUGGACCGGCUGAAUGUCUCCGAGAAAGGCGCAACAUUGCGCAUAGUGAACAGUGAGCUACGUAAUGCCAAGGAAAUCUUGAACUUUGGUAAUUUCGACAAGAUCGAGAUCACCGACUCCAAGUUUGAGAUGCAGAAACCGGGGGUGAUGUCUAUCCAAGGCACCGUCGCUAUCGUGGAGAACAGCAUCUUCUCGAACGUGAGCAUGAACCUGGUCACCACGAACGUCAUCGUGAUAAACGGCAUUUGCGCGGAUGGCAAGAGCACUCUGAGGCUCAGUUCGAAGUACGUCAAUAGCACCGACAACAGAUUGCCGAAUGAGAUAGCGUAUCCAGGAGGUGAUCAACCUGGGGGACCGGAAAGAGUACUAACGAUUCGAAACAACACGGUCUGCAAAGCGGGCAACUGCAAAUGUUCAAAGAGCAGCGGACAGGCUCUGUAUCAAGCGGCUAUCUUAAUAUACAUUUUCUUAUUAACCAUAAUUAUAUGUCAUAUUUGAUGCGUUCAUGCCGCGACACUAAUGAAAACGGUUUUAUAAUUUGAGUCUGGUUAGAUGAAAUCGAUCUGUGAAAAAUCAAUCGAAUCUUGACUCGAUAUAUCAAAAGAUGAAAUGAUUAUCUGAAUAACGUAUAAAAUGAAGAAACAAGAAUCCAAAAUAAAUCCAAAAAUAACAUUGGAUAAAUAAUGGUACUUGCGUCCCUUAAAGAAUAAAAAAUCAAAUCAAGAUUGCAUUGUCAUAACAUAAUCAUGCACUUGGUUUUCCUUUGUGGAUUAUAGAGAAAAACAUAAUUACCAAAUUUUCGAAUUAUUUUCCUAUUAUAGGUUUUCCAAUUUAAAAAUCUGUUCUUUUUUUAACUAUUUCUUAACUAUUUAUUAUUUUUAUCAUCUUUAUUUAAAAAAUGUAAUUACGUAUUCAAUUACAAUUGCAUGUAUAGAAAGGAUAGAAAAAAAUAGCUAAAGAGAAGCCUGAGAGUAACGUAUUCAAACUUUAACCCGCAUUCACACAUUCGUCUCUAUGUAUAUAAAAUAUGCGCAUUAAUAUACGUAGCUACGGAUAUUUCCGGUGGGUAACACGCUAUGUCUACAGUUCUGUUCCAGUUUACGUACACGAUUGUUUGAUUCUAUUCCGUGCCAUACCCAAAAUGUAAGUACGUAACAAUCCAUUAUAAAAAUAAUACCUAUAAUGGGAGUAAUGUUUUUUUAAGCGUCAAGUAUACUUUUUAUUUUAAUAGUUUUGUGCAAAACACCAAAAAAAUCUUAUUGAUAUACACGUUUUGUGCGUAUUGAAGCGCCAGUGAACGAGUCCACUUAAAACGCGUCCACUCUCAGGCUAUUUUUUACCAGAAAAUAGAUCUGUCAAAAUAUGAAAUGUAUAUAUACGUUAGGGAACCACAAAGCACCUUUAUUCAAUUCACAAAUCUUACAAUUAAACAAAAUUUCUCUAAUACGCAUCAAUACAUAAAAUAACGAAACUUAUUCAAAAUACAAAAAGCUUUCUAGUUACAAAUUAUAGAACAAUUACAGAUUAUAGAACAAAAUAAAUAUUACUACAAAAUUCCGUAUAUUGCUGUGUUUCUAAGACUAUACAUAUAUUUCUAGCAAUUGUAUGCACUUUUUUCCUAUACGUCUAAGAUAUGAAUAAAUUAUAAACAUCAAUUAUA